AACAGUUUUAUGUGUCCAAGAUGGCCGCCCGAGCGGAAACUUCGGACUUGUAGCAUCAAAUCAAACUCGCGGAGAAAAAAAAACAACUCCUUCUCCUCGGUCUACUUCAACGCUCCCGUGGCGAGACGAGCCGAAGAUGACGUUUGUCACCAGCAAGACCGCCGAGUACGACGCCAGCAGAGCAAUGGCAAACCCCAACAGGCUUUAGGAGGGGGAUUGUGAAGCCAGCAUGGACAGCUUCUUCAAGGCGGCUGUUUGUGACUUGGACAAAGUGCUGGAUGAUUUUGAGCUGAAUGCAGAUGAAGUGGACUGCAAGUCAGUCUUCCGGAAGCCUCCACCGCACAACUUCACCACUCUGGGCUCCUCCGAGGCGUCCGACGUGCCCUCCAACCCGCCUGACCUCAGUUCUCUCCGCUACGACGUCGCCAGCAGCAGCGGCAGCGGGAGCAGCUGUGCAGAUCAAGACGGAGAAGCCAAAGUUCAGCCUCUGACCGGCGUGGACCUGCUCUCCUCCGUAGAUCACGGCGCUGCUCAAAGCUCGGCGCCUCCCUGCCCCGACCGGGCCCUCAAACCCGUGUGCGACCUGGUCAACGACACCGGCUCGGCGGUCCUGGUCCGAGCCGACAGCCACGAUGCCUUCAGUGAACUGGACGCCGCCGAGAAGCAGUUGGAGGAAAACGAAUUGGAGGAAAACGAGGAGGAGCAGCUACUUUUGGACUUUAGCAACCUAGCGCUGGGUGAUCCAGACGCGCCCAGUCAGAACUCAAACUCGCACCAGCAACUCUCAGAAUCCUCUUUGAGUCUUCUGGACAUCAUUCUUCCUGCAUUUCCUGCAGAGGACGUGCAAAAUGAAGCGCGAGAUGAUGACGAGGCCCAAGAUGAAGGCUACGAAGAGGAGACUCAGGAAGACGACGCGUCCUUAGAACCGCGUAACCAGGAUCACCAGCACCCACCCAAAGCGAGUACUCAAGACUCAAGCGCCUCAGUAGACUUUGUCGAACCGUCAGGGCAAAGUAAAGAGGAGUCUGUGAAAGAUUCUGACGCUGAAGCUUCUGCGGGCAGCCCUCAGCUCCUGGAGCCUGAAGAGCAACAUGAAGAUGAGGAAACGGAGGCAGACUCUCUGUCAGCUUUGGACAAUUCUUACCCUGAGGAACCCCUCGACUCCGUAUCACAGCAGCAUUGCCUUUUAGAACCUCUUGCCCUCGUCCCUCCCGCGGAACCUCUGCACUCGGAGCCCAGCCCGGUGGAUCCUCUGGAGUUUGGCUUCGAGUAUCUCCCCGAGAGCGACCAGGGCGAGCUGCUGGUCACGGAUGAAGAGCUGGACGCUUUCCUGCAGGCCCACGCAGAGGCGGAGCAGGCCGGCGGCAUCGCCUGCUGCAGCAGCUCGUCUGAAGCCCUCCAGUCGGAAAACGUGGUCUCGCCGAACAGAGAUCCGGAGCAGGUGCUUGCGGACGAGGAGCUGAGGAGCUCCAGAGAAGAUCUCGAAGGCCUCGCCUCUCCGGAAAGUGACAGAAGCCUGCAUGCGUCAUCUCUGGCUCAGGACUCGCCAUGUCAGGAAGAUUCCUCUAGAGGGAGCCAUUCCUCCACCAGCAACUCUUUACAGUCCGAGCAGCAGGUAUCCUACGGAGGGGCGAGACCCAAGCAGCUGCUUUCCCCCACUGCCAAAAAUCUCCAAUCAGCAGAGGAGGAUGACGAGUUGCCCACUUGUUCAUCGAAACUGGAGGACGACGACGAGAGUCCACACGCAAGCCUCUCCUUCCUCCCGCAUUCCAUCAGCAGCCCGGUCUACGCGGCUCCGGAGCCCCCGGAAUACACGGCGGGUUACGACGAACUCUCCGAGCCGCCGCCCUACCCCGGCGAACCUUCCGCCGCGGAGGGUUGCUCUCGUCCCAACAGCUGGAAGAAGGACGGCGCCGAGGAGGAGCUGGGAAGCUGGCAGCCCGCUUGGGUGCCCGACUCGGAAGCCCCCAACUGCAUGAACUGCUCGCACAAGUUCACCUUCACCAAGAGGCGCCAUCACUGUCGCGCAUGCGGCAAAGUGUACUGCGCGGCGUGCUGCAACAGGAAGUGCAAGCUCAAGUACUUGGAGAAGGAGGCGCGCGUGUGUGUGGUCUGCUUCGACACCUUGCGAAGAGCCCAGGCCCUGGAACGGAUGAUGAGCCCCAUGGGUUCUAGUCCCAACCCCAACGUGCCAUCCGAGUACUGCAGCACCAUCCCGCCCCUGCAGCAGGCCCGGGCCGCCGGCACCCUCAACUCGCCGCCACCUACCGUCAUGGUCCCCGUGUCGGCGCUCAAACACCCGAGCAACGAUGGUUGCCCCCGCGAGCACAAACGGGUUUGGUUCGCCGACGGCAUCCUGCCCAACGGAGAAAUGGCCGACACCAGUAAGCUGUCACUGCCCGGCUCGCGGACCUCGCAGGAGUUCGCCGGCGCGCCGGAGGAAAUGACGCCGAGCUCUGCGGGUUUGGAUGGCGAAAGCGGCGGCCGCUUGAGUCCCGAGGUUCCGGAGGGGGUCCCGUUGCCCCCGUGUGGCCCCUGGCACUACGCCCUGCUGGCGGGUUUGGGUUCUGCAGUGACGAAGGCCUCCAGUCUGCUGCCCGACUCUGAAGACCAACUUCCGCCUCUCCUCAUCAUCACCGGAGAGGACACAGCAGCGGACAUGUUGGUGGAGGAAAGCCCCGCCCCUUGCCAAAUUCAACACCUCUUGGAAGAAGGGGGUCCUCGUCCUUUGACCUUUGUCCUCAAUGCCAACCUGCUGGUGAAUGUCAAGAUGGUCACAUACGGCGGGCGUCAAUGCUGGUGCUUUGGCUCCAACGGGCUGCAGGCUCUGGGCCAGAGAGAGCUGGUCUUCCUCCUGGAGUGCGUCCCAGAAGACCGAACUCUCCCCAGAGACCUUUUCACGCUGUGCCUCAGCAUCCAGCAGGACGCCCAAAGAGGCAAGUUUGUGGACGACCUGGACAACGUGACCUUCACCAGCAGCUUCCUGGGCAGCAAAGAUCAUGGCGGGAUGCUCUUCUUCUCUCCCACCUGUCAGCCGCUGGAGGGCCUCACUCUCCCCUCGCAACCUUUCCUCUUCGGCCUUCUCAUCCAAAAGCUAGAGGUCCCCUGGGCCAAGGUGUUCCCCCUCAGGCUGCUCCUACGACUCGGGUCCGAGUACAACGUGUACCCCACCACGCCCGUGAGUGUGCGUUUUAGGGAAUCGGUGUAUCGGGAGACGGGACACACCAUCAUGAACCUACUGGCUGACCUCAGGAACUACCAGUACAGCCUGGCGUCCGUAGAGGGUCUGAGGAUCCACAUGGAGAUGGGCCACAGCUAUAUCGACAUCCCCAAAAGCAGCUUCAGUGAGAUGCAGAGGGUGGUGAGCGGCGCCAACGAGCACGUCAUCAGCAUCGGCGCCGGCUUGAGUCUGCAGGCAGACUCCCACCUGGUAUGCUUCCAGAACGAGGACGGCAGCUACCAGACGCAAGCCAGCAGCAUGCCCGGCAAGACGCGCACAGUGACGGGGGCCAGCUUUGUGGUCUUCAACGGCGCCCUGAAAGCCUCGUCGGGGUUCAUUGCCAAGUCCAGCAUCGUGGAAGACGGUCUCAUGGUGCAGAUGCCUCCAGAGACCAUGGACGCCUUGCGCACGGCCCUGCGCGAGCAGAAUGACUUCAACAUCACGUGCGGGAAGACAGACGAGACGGAGGUCCGGGAAAACGUCACCGUGCGCUGGGUUGACUGGACCUCCCCCGUCAACGCCGGAAUGACGAGCGGCGUCGACGGGCGAAGUCUGGACGGCGUGCGCAGCAUGAGGAUGCAGCAGGAGGCCGAGUUUGAGAGCGACGGGCGCGUCAUCAGGUGUUCGGAGGUCUUCUACCGGGUGACGUCCGCCGAGGGCAGCCUGGCAUCGGUGCUGCCGGCGUGCGCCGUCUUCCAGAAAGAGAUCGCCGUGGCCGCCUGCGGGGCUUUGACGCGCCAUCUCGCCGCCCUCGCCGCCAGCGCCAUCAACUCGUUCAGCCUGCGCGUGUCCACGCACGAUGACAUGGUGGAGUACCAGGCCGGUUGGGGCGGCCGCCUCCUCCCUCAGCGCUACACCAACGAGUUGGACAGCGCCCUGAUCCCUGUCAUCCACGGGGGCGGCACCGCGCUGCCGCCAGCCGCCGUGGAGAUGGAGCUGCUUUUCUACAUCACGCACGCCAUCUAGACACGCACGCCUGUAUGGCGGGAUCUCAGACAAACAGCGGGCGGCGCCAGAAGAGGACGACGGGAAGUCGGAAAAACCUUCAGGCGGACUGGCGAGGGAACCGCAAGUAAACACGAAACACUACACGGCGAUUGGCCCAAUGGAAGCUUGAGGAGCCGAACGGAUGGUGCUCGCCCGCCUUGAUGAUGUUUUUGCUCUCAUUGACUCAAUUUUGCUGUCGGCGAAGUGUCAAAAGCAAACUUGGAGGAUGGCAAAGACUCAAAAAUGUGAAUGUGAUGGAUGACAUUUGAUUGACAGAUGACAUUUUUGCGUGUGUGUGUGUGUGUGUGUGUGUGUGUGUGUGUGUGUGUGUGUGUGUGUGUGUGUGUCUCCAUCUCAAAGACCAAUGACUUAAUAGCUCUGAAUUGAAAUAUGAGGACACUACGUUGAGGGCUCGGCUUAGCAGCAGAGCAGCUUGUCCAAGAAUGACCAAAAAAAUGUAAAAUCACAAGCUCGACUUGAUCACGUUAACGUUUUGGAAUGUGUACAAGUUGGCGCCACGCAACAAACAAGUCGACAAAGUGUUGACGUGCAAAUUUUUUUUUUCUGGCCUUUGUUUGUUGCUGAGAAACUCAACUAAUCAGUGUUUUGGUCGAACAAAAGUAGUGCUUUGGCACCAUCUUGUUGUAUCUUGGUGAUGAGAAACAUUGACUUAUGUGUCGCUGUUUCAGUUUGUCAGGCCGUAGCUUUGCUUUUCCGCCAUCUUGUGGCAUUGAGGGCGAUAAGUUUUUUUUUCUUUUUUUUGUGGUUGUGGCAGUCAAUUUCGGAUUUUUGCUCUCAUAUGUGAACGGAUUUUUUUUUUUAAUUAAGAAAAUGGGGUUGAGAGUAAGAAACAAGGAUCUGUCUUGUGGAACAUUCAGGGAUGACUUAUCACAACAGGCGCCACAAGAUGGCAGCAAAGCACUACUUUUGAUCCAAGGAAGCCCAAUUUAACAGUAUUGAAACGCUCUUGGUUUGUGGUUCCAUCGAUUUUGAGGACAUCAAUCCAUUUUCUCCUGCACGUGUCUUUUUUUUUUUGGCAUGCUUGUGAGAGGACGCCGAGCCCAGCUGACUUUGGAGAGAUAGGCAGGGUGCCUUCUGGACUGGUCGCCAGCCAAUCACAGAUUUCAAAGUUCCUUAUCGCUAAAUGACAGGAGAUUGUAUUCAUUUGUGGUGAAGACCAAAGGUGUGAAUUGUUAGCAAUUAGCACAAUUAGCACGUCUGCUUUACACUUAGGGCGUUCUGGGUUUGAAUCCGUUCCCUCAGCACUUGCGCGGGAUUUUCCUCUCGCAUUCCAAAAAUAUGAACUUGCCCUUAGGUGUGCUUGUGAAUGGUUGUUUAUGUCUGGGUGCGCUGCGAUUGGCUGGCGACCAAUCCCUAGUUUGCCUCUCGGCAAGUCACAUUGGAAAGGCAAUGGAAAAGCUAUGGAAAAUGGAUGAAUUCUAUUACAGAUUUUGCUUUUGUAUUUUAAGUGGAUUUGAAAAGACACCCAUUAUAAAUUUUGACGUUUUAGUAGUUUGCGGUGAAGACAAACCAAAAUUGGAUUUUUGUCACAUUUGGACAUCUCGCCCCCUGCCGUGCUGACAGUUUAAUUGAUCGUGAGUAAUCCUGAAUGUAGCAACACAGCAGCUUUAAAAUCGUGAGAGUUGUAAGGGUUCAAAGGUCACAUCGUCACCAGCAUCCCCAGUCUCGCCGAGACGCGCGACUGAACAGAUUUGGACCCGAACCAGAUCUCUGGGGGAUCCCUCGCACUUACUGCACCGUAGUGAGGCCAAAGUUUCUUUUCAUCUUGAAGUUUUUGUUGAAUAAAAUAUGCAUAAGACA